AGAAAUAGCAUUGGCCACGUUUAAGAGAAAGCAAAGCAUCAAAACUGAACAAUAUCGAGCGAUCUUGUUGUGUUCACAUUCACAGACUCGUUUCAAUUCAUUCAUCACUUCACUUUACACUAUUUCUAUUUCCAAUUUCAACAAAUCCAAUGUCGAACAAGCAAUUCAACGUCCCUCCAGUAAUUUUCCCCACAUCCACAAACCAAAAUCGUCCAACAGCGCCAUUCCAGCCUCGCCCAUCCACAAACCCAAUCCCCUUCAUGUCCUUCGAAAUAGGCUCCGCAACAACCUCCUCCUUCCCUCCAGCUCCGACCACCAAUUUCAAUUUCGACCAAGAGCCACCUCUCUUAGAAGAGCUCGGAAUCAACACUAAACAGAUCUGGAACAAAACCACAUCGCUCCUCAACCCACUCCGCAUCAAAAACCUGGAUCUCCACGAAGACGCCGACCUAUCCGGACCGGUAAUGCUCAUAAUGGCUUUCGGUCUUUUCCAGCUUCUGGCCGGGAAGAUUCACUUCGGGAUUAUUCUCGGUUGGGUAACCGUUUCGGCCUUGUUUCUUUACGUUGUUUCUAACAUGCUCGCGGGACGUAAUGGAACGUUGGAUCUUUAUCGGUGUGUUAGUUUGAUUGGUUAUUGCAUGUUGCCUAUGGUUAUUUUGUCUGCACUUUCAUUGUUUCUUCCUCAGGGUGGGUUCUAUAUCUCUGUUAUUGCUCUUUUUUUUGUUGCAUGGUCUACCAAGGCUUGUACUAUGUUGUUGGUACAUGUGGCUAGGUGGGACCAACAUCCUGGAUUACUUGCGUAUGUUUGUUUUCUUAUUUAUUCUUUGUUCUCGCUUCUUGUUGUCUUUUGAACUUCAACAACAGUUUCUGUAUGUUAUCAUUCAUUCAUUAAUGUACAGAUUUUAACUACUGCUACUACUGUCUUGAUUUUGAAUGCAAUCAAUCCACUUUUUAGAUA